CACAACACCCGUCCAAGCAAAGAAAGGGGAAAAGAAAGCAGCUUUGUGGGAGGAAGGAGCGCGAGGAGGAGAUCCUCCUCCUCCUCCCGGCUCCCGCCCUCAACCGACCGUCUCCUCGUCUCCCUCUUUCACAUAUCCCCACACACCCACCGCCCUCUCUCUCUCUCUCGCUCCACAUUCCCUUCCCACCACCUUUCCCUUCUCUCUCUCGCUCUUUCUCCUCGACCGCGCGCCGUUCCUGCUCCGUCCGUCGGUCGACCCCCACCACAUGCGGCGGCGCGGGCGGCGCCUCCCCGCGGCGCUGUGGCUCGACGCUGCCGUGACGUUGGCGGCGCUGGUCGUGCUCGUGCUCCUUGUGGCGCGGCCGGCGGGCGCGGCGUGGUGCAUCGCGCGGAGCGGGGCGUCGGACAAGGCGCUGCAGUCGGCGCUGGACUACGCGUGCGGCCCCGCGGGGGGUGCGGACUGCGCGCCCAUCCAGUCCACCGGCCUCUGCUACCUGCCCAACACCCUCGCCGCGCACGCCUCCUACGCCUUCAACUCCAUCUUCCAGCGCUCCCGCGCCGCGCCGGGUGCAUGCGACUUCGCCGGCACCGCCACCGUCACGCUCACCGACCCCAGUUAUGGAUCAUGCACCUACCCUUCAUCUCCAAGCACUGCCGGGCAAACAGGAUCACCUGGUUCAAUAUCCAUGCCAGGGACUCCCACACCAAAAGGAACUGGGAGCACUGGAGGAUUGAGCCCACCUGAUGUCGAUUCGACCGACUCCAAUGCUGAACCUCUGGCGACCACAUCCCUGCCAUCUCUUGCUCUCUCCUGUUUCAUGUAUAUGUUCUUGCAGUUGUGGUGAUGCAUGGAUGGUCUAGUUAGGUUCAGCAGAGCAUUGACAUGCAGCAUUGUUGCGUCGUGAUGUAAGGGACACCACCACAAUUUUGUUUCAGGGAAUUGGUUGGUUGGUGGUAGCCAUUGUAACCUGCCGUUCAAGUGAAAGGCAAGAGUGCCCGUCAGUUGGAUUCUCUCAACUCAUUAUGCUUCUUUUGGUCUAAAAAAACAUUAUGCUGCUUUUUGCCCCUUGGGAA